CGGUACACAACACAUGGCGGUGACAAGUAUGAAACUUGCUUUUGUGGCCAUGUUGGUUCGGUAGCACAACAUCCACCUUACCAUGAUUAUCACCUACAUAUGUAGUUCUACAUAUGUAGUUCUCCUAGUAAUUUACUAUUUCUAAGCAGCUCCUUCUGUUUAUGUAGAUACGGUAUUUUUGUGAAGCUAAUCGCUCAUCCUUGUUUACUGAAGGACCCCCUUGUCUACCCCCUAGGUAGGUAUACUCGGCAACAUUGUAACAGUCCGGUGUCGUAUUAUCGUGUCUAAUGGUCAUAAACUUAGCCAUUAACCUUUUCUCAAACCCUCAUUACUUUUUUUCUACAUAAAUCUCGCAUCAACAAUCACUUCGAAACAAUGGCUCCGUCAAUACCGUCAGUUAUCGCCCGGCCGUUUACUCGCGGAGUCGAUAUUGUUCGCGGAACUCUAGGAAGCUUGACAUGGGGUCCGGUUUUAGCAGUGGCUAAACCGGCCAUACUGUCAGUAUUCUCUAACAUCGAGGUUGGCACCCUGUUGCUGGUCGAUGAGCCUGCUGGAACCAGGCUGGUUUACGGUCAAAGAAUUACCUCGAAAACUUAUGACGCUACCAAUGGGGACUACCCAGUCAGGAGAGCUGGUACCAUCCCGCGAGUUGAAGUCAGGGUAACGGACGAAGCUUUUUGGGUGCGAUUGCUGCUUUUCGCAGACAUGGGCUUUGCGGAAUCAUACAUGCUAGGCGAAUUCGAGUGUGCUGAUUUAACCGCAUUUUUUCAGCUCUUCAUCGUAAAUCGUGAUCGGAUGAGCAAUGGAAUAACCCUAUUCUCUUCAUUGUCUGGUGCCAUUUCCAGCAUUGCGCGGAAUACGAACACACUAUCAAACUCACUGUUGAACAUCUCUGCUCACUAUGACAUCAGUAAUGACAUGUUUGCGGCAUUCCUAUCAAAAGAUAUGACUUAUUCCUGUCCAAUUUGGAAACCUCGGGCGUCUCCUAGUGAGCCCGAAGAGAGCCUCGAAGAAGCACAAAUCACCAAACUCAACAGAUACAUCGACGGGGCGAAAAUAAAGCCCACAGACCAUGUCUUAGAGAUCGGAACCGGAUGGGGAUCGUUUGCUAUCGAAGCUGUUAGAAAAACGGGAUGCCGGGUGACGAGUCUAACGCUAUCUAAGGAGCAAAAAGUGUUGGCAGAGCAAAGAAUUCACGAAGCAGGCUUUUCGAGUCGCAUUAACGUACGACUACUAGAUUAUCGCAAGUUGCCCGAUACGGUCAAAUAUGACAAGAUCGUGUCUAUAGAGAUGCUGGAGGCGGUUGGCCAGGAAUACUUGGGCACAUAUUUUGCAUACAUUGAUCGGUUGCUGAAGAAGGACGGCAUCGCCAUGUUUCAGUGCAUCACGAUGCCGGAGGGGAGACAUGAGGCUUACUCCAAAUCCGAAGACUUCAUAAAUAAGCACAUAUUCCCCGGCGGCUAUCUCCCCUCGAUUACACAGCUCCUAAACCACAUUUCCAAGGAGUCCAACGGCACGCUGAUUGUGGAGCGUGUCGAGAACAUUGGAGGCCACUAUGCCAAGACGCUGCGGCUGUGGCGCGACCGGUUCCUGACGAACUUCGAGUCCAGGAUUCGCCCGGCGCUCAAGGCGGAGCACCCGUCCAUGACGCAGCAGGAGAUUGAUGUGUUUAGGCGGAAAUGGGAGUACUACUUUACCUACUGCGAGGCUGGGUUCGUGACGAAGACGCUGGGGGAUGUGAUUAUCACGGUGGGCAGGGAGGGCGCUAUGGAGUUGAUGGAAGAUAUCCCGGUAUAG